AUGCGGAGCCGUCGCUCAUGCCAGACACGGCCAUCGCCGCGCUCAACGCCAACGGGUUCAAAGGCAUGCAUGUUCAACUCCGCGCACGUACCCAUGGGCAUGAAGAGGAGGAAAAAGAGGGGCAGUCUCUUCAUCAGCAUUAUCGAUCCCGCGACAGCGGAUGCGAUGUACCAGUCCUCCCACCGCCAGACGAUGCCUGGAGUCAGCUUGGCGGGCAAGACGCUGGAGAUCACGCCGGCAGACGUUCAGGGCUUCAAGGAGAACUUCGAAAGGCAUGUAGAGUCUGAGGCUCCGUUCCUUGAGUGUUUCCGUUGUGUACUCUAG